AUGUCUGCUGCCAAAUUUUCAAACCCAAUCACUCCUCCUAUGGAGUCGACUGGAGACAGAAUCAUUUCUCUAGAAACUCAGGAUGGUUCGGUCUUGCAAGGUUACUCUUUCGGUGCCGAGGUUGCCUCAGCUGGUGAACUAGUCUUCCAAACUGGUAUGGUUGGUUACCCCGAGGCUAUCACCGAUCCCUCCUACGAGGGUCAGAUCUUGGUGAUCACAUACCCUUUGGUUGGAAACUACGGUGUUCCAGACCGUGAGCUCAUGGAUGAGUUUGUCGAAGGUCUCCCCAAAUACUUCGAGUCCAACAGAAUCCAUGUUGCCGGUUUGGUUGUUUCGCACUACACCGAGGAAUACUCCCAUUUCCUGGCCAAAAGCUCCUUGGGCGAAUGGUUGAAGGAGCAAGGUGUCCCAGCCAUCUACGGUGUAGACACCAGAGCCCUCACCAAGACCCUCAGAGAGAACGGAUCUACUCUUGGUAGAUUUUGCUUACAGAAACCAAACACGCUCAACGAGAAGGCUCUUUCGAUUGAGACUUGGAAGGAAUGCUUUGACAUUCCCGAAUGGAAAGACCCCAACUCCAAGAACAUCGUUGCAGGUGUCUCCAUCAAGGAACCCAAAGUGUUCAAGCCAAAGUCUGACGGAGCCAAGAUUGGCCCAGACGGCAAGGUUAUUCGCAUUUUGGCCCUUGAUGUUGGUAUGAAAUACAACCAGAUCAGAUGUUUCGUCAAUCGCGGAGUCGAGCUGAAGGUUGUUCCAUGGGAUUACGACUUCCUUAAGGACGAGUACGACGGUUUGUUCAUCUCUAACGGUCCAGGUGAUCCAGCCAUUCUCUCUAAUGUUAUCACCAGAUUGGAGGUUGCCUUGAAGGAGGCCAAGACCCCAAUCUUUGGUAUCUGUCUCGGUCACCAGCUGCUGGCUCGUGCCUCUGGUGCGUCCACAUUGAAGUUGAAGUUCGGUAACAGAGGUCACAACAUUCCAUGUACUUCUACCAUCUCCGGUAGAUGUUACAUCACGUCCCAGAACCACGGUUUUGCUGUUGAUGUGGAUACUUUAACUUCUGGCUGGAAGGAACUGUUCGUUAACGCAAACGAUGGUUCUAACGAGGGUAUUUACAACACGGAAAAGCCAUUCUUUUCCGUUCAAUUCCACCCAGAAUCUACUCCUGGUCCAAGAGAUACGGAGUUUCUGUUCGACACCUUCAUUGACGCCGUUGUGGACUUCAAGAAGACCAAGACCUUCAAGCCGGUCGCUUUCCCCGGUGGUAAGAUCGAGGAGAACAGAGCCAAGUUCCCAAGGGUUGAUGCCAAAAAGGUGCUCGUGUUGGGUUCUGGUGGUCUCUCCAUUGGUCAGGCUGGUGAGUUCGAUUACUCUGGAUCUCAGGCCAUCAAGGCUUUGAAGGAGGAAGGUAUCUAUACCAUUCUGAUCAACCCCAACAUCGCCACGAUCCAAACCUCUAAGGGUCUCGCCGAUAAGGUGUACUUCUUGCCUGUCACACCAGACUUUGUCAGAAAGGUCAUUCUUCACGAGAGACCUGAUGCCAUCUACUGUACAUUUGGUGGACAGACCGCUUUGAACGUUGGUAUCAAGCUCAAGGACGAGUUCGAGAGUCUUGGAGUAACUGUGCUGGGUACUCCAAUUGACACCAUCAUCACCACCGAGGAUCGUGAGCUUUUUGCCAGAUCCAUGGACGAGAUCAAUGAGAAAUGUGCCAAGUCUCAGACUGCUUCUUCCGUCGAGGAGGCUCUCAGUGCCGUGAAGGACAUUGGCUUCCCAGUCAUUGUCCGUGCCGCCUACGCUCUCGGUGGUUUGGGCUCUGGUUUUGCCGAUAAUGAGCAAGAGCUGAUUGAGCUCUGUAACAAAGCGUUUGCAACCUCUCCUCAGGUGCUGGUUGAGCGUUCCAUGAAGGGCUGGAAGGAGAUUGAGUAUGAGGUUGUUCGUGAUGCUUUCGACAACUGUAUUACCGUGUGUAACAUGGAGAACUUUGAUCCUCUUGGAAUCCACACCGGUGACUCGAUCGUCGUCGCUCCUUCGCAGACUCUUUCCGAUGAGGAUUACAACAUGUUGAGAACCACCGCGGUCAAUGUGAUUCGUCACCUCGGUGUGGUUGGUGAGUGUAACAUCCAAUAUGCUUUGAACCCAUUCUCAAAGGAAUACUGCAUUAUUGAGGUCAACGCCAGAUUGUCCCGUUCUUCCGCUCUUGCAUCUAAGGCCACUGGUUACCCUCUUGCCUACACCGCAGCCAAGCUUGGUCUUAACAUCCCAUUGAACGAGAUCAAGAACUCUGUCACCAAGGUCACCUGUGCCUGCUUUGAGCCAUCUCUGGACUACGUUGUUGUCAAGAUCCCAAGAUGGGACUUGAAGAAGUUCACUCGUGUCUCGAGCUUGCUCUCUUCUUCCAUGAAGUCUGUCGGUGAGGUCAUGAGUAUCGGUCGUACAUUUGAGGAGGCUAUCCAGAAGGCCAUCAGAUCCACCGAUUAUCAGAACCUUGGUUUCAACGAGACUGAGGCUCUCAUGAGCAUCGACAUCGAUUCUGAGCUGCAGACUCCUUCUGACCAACGUCUGUUUGCCAUUGCCAAUGCCAUGUCUUCUGGAUACUCUGUCGAGAAGAUCCACAAGCUCACCAAUAUCGACAAAUGGUUCCUGAACAAGCUGGACUCGCUGAUCAGAUUCGGUGAGAAGAUCGCCAGCUAUGUUACCAAGGAAAACUUGCCUGUUUCUAUCAUGAGACAGGCCAAGCAAUUGGGCUUUGAAGACAGACAGAUUGCCAAAUUCUUGAACUCCAAUGAGGUUGCCAUUCGUCGUUUAAGAAAGGAAGCCGGUAUCGUUCCGUUUGUCAAGCAGAUCGAUACCGUUGCAGCCGAAUUCCCAGCCUUCACCAACUAUCUGUACAUGACGUACAGUGCGGACUCCCACGAUGUGACUUUCGACGACCACGGAGUCGUGGUUUUGGGUUCCGGUGUGUAUCGUAUUGGUUCCUCGGUCGAAUUCGACUGGUGUGCCGUCACUGCUGUUCGUACCCUUCGCAAGAACGGUUUCAAGGCUGUCAUGGUCAAUUACAACCCAGAAACCGUCUCCACUGAUUACGACGAGGCAGACAGAUUGUACUUCGAGACCAUCAACCUCGAGCGUGUCUUGGAUAUCUACGAGACUGAAAAGUCUGCUGGUGUCAUUGUCUCCAUGGGAGGUCAAACCUCGAACAACAUUGCCCUGCCAUUGCACCGUCAAAAUGUCAAGAUUUUGGGUACUUCUCCGGAGAUGAUCGAUUCGGCAGAAAACCGUUACAAGUUCUCUCGUAUGUUGGACAAGAUUGGUGUUGAUCAGCCAGCUUGGAAGGAGCUCACCUCGUUCGAGGAAGCUGAGGCCUUUGCCGACAAGGUUUCGUACCCAGUCUUGGUUCGUCCUUCCUAUGUUCUUUCGGGUGCUGCCAUGAACACUGUGUAUUCGCGUGACGAUCUUGCCUCUUACCUGUCUCAGGCUGUUGAGGUUUCUCCAGACUACCCAGUUGUCAUCACCAAGUACAUCGAGAACGCUAAGGAAAUUGAGAUGGAUGCCGUUGCCAAGGAUGGUAAGCUCAUCAUGCACGUUGUUUCUGAGCACGUUGAGAAUGCUGGUGUUCACUCUGGUGAUGCCACUCUGAUUGUUCCACCUCAGGAUCUGGCUCCAGAGACUGUUAGCAGAAUCGUUGAGGCCACAGCCAAGAUCGGUAAGGCUCUUGAUGUCACUGGUCCUUACAACAUCCAGUUCAUCGCCAAGAAUAACGAGAUCAAGGUCAUCGAGUGUAACGUCCGUGCCUCCAGAUCUUGUCCAUUUGUGUCCAAGGUUGUUGGUACCAACUUGAUCGAGAUGGCUACCAAGGCAAUGAUGGAUAUCCCAGUUACUCCAUAUCCAGGCCAGAAGUUGCCAGCUGACUACUGUGCUGUCAAGGUUCCUCAGUUCUCUUUCUCUCGUCUUUCUGGUGCUGAUCCAGUUCUUGGUGUUGAAAUGGCCUCCACUGGUGAGGUUGCUACUUUCGGUCGCAACAAGUACGAGGCUUAUCUCAAGUCGCUGAUCUCCACUGGUUUCCAAUUGCCAAAGAAGAACAUCUUGCUCUCCAUUGGUUCUUUCAAGGAGAAGCAGGAGCUCAUGCCUUCUAUCAAGAAGCUUUAUGAGCUUGGUUACAGUCUUUUUGCAACUGCUGGUACUGCCGAUUUCAUCCAAGAACACGGCGUUCCAGUUCAGUACUUGGAUGUGUUGAGCGACGAGAAGGAUGAGAAAUCCGAAUACUCUUUGACCCAGCACUUGGCCAACAACCUGAUUGAUCUUUACAUCAACUUGCCUUCUGCAAACAGAUUCCGUCGUCCUUCGUCUUACAUCUCGAAGGGUUAUCUGACUCGUCGUAUGGCUGUUGACUAUGCCGUGCCUUUGGUCACUAACGUCAAAUGUGCCAAGUUGUUGGUGGAGUCUAUUGCCAGAAACAUCGACCUUUCUGUCUCCAGUGUUGAUGCUCAGACCUCUCACAACGUUGCCGAGCUUCCUGGUUUGAUCAGUGUUUCCACCUUUGUUCCCGCGUUCACAUCUUCCGAUAUCCAAGAGGUGACCCGCACUGCCUUGCAGUCUGGAUUCACCUUUGCUGGAAUCUUGCCUUCAUCUGCUGUUGGAGCUGGUAUCACCGAUGCCCAUUCCUUGGCUGCUGCUAAUGAGGAAGCUCAGGGCUCAGCUUUCACUGACUACUCCUUCUCUGUGGCAGCCUCUGAGUCGAAUGCUCAUCAGCUUCCAAGUCUUGCUUCGCUGUCGAGUGCCCUUUACUUGCCAUUCAACCAGUUCUCCAACAACAAGGUGUCCGCCAUCUCGGCCCAUUUUGCUACUUGGCCAGAAGCUAAGCCAAUCGUGACUGAUGCCAAGAAGACUGACUUGGCUUCAAUGCUCCUGUUGGCUUCUCUUCACAGCAGAAAGAUCCAUGUCACCGAGGUGGUUAGCCGCGAUGACUUGGCUUUGAUAUCUAUGGCCAAGGCUAAGAAACUGCAGGUUACUUGUGAUGUUUCUGUGUACUCGUUAUUCCUGUCUCAGGAGGACUACCCUCAACUUGACUUCUUGCCAACUAAGGAUGACCAGAAGGCUCUGUGGGAGGGACUCGAUGAAAUCGACUGUUUCUCCGUUGGGUGCAUUCCAACCCUGGUUGCUCAAGCUUUAGGUGAGGACAGCUCUGCCGGUGUCGGUAUUGCUGAUAGUUUGCCAUUGCUGUUCUCGGCUGUUGAGGACGGAAGAUUGACCAUUGAAGACAUCAUUGCCAAAUUCCAUGAUGCCCCAAUCAAGAUCUUUGAUCUGGUUGAUCAGGACUCUGCUGUUGAGGUUGAUCUCGACCGUUUUGUUGUCUCUUUGAAGUCCAAGGCCAAGGGAUUCUCUCCUUUCAAGAACAAGAAGGCUGCUGUUGAGCGUGUUCACUUGAAUGGUCAGACCGUGUGUCUUGAAGGUGAGGUUACCGGAAACGAGGCCUCUGGUAAGCAGGACACUGUUAGAUUCCAACAUCACUCGCACAUCAUCUCCACUCCACUCAACCAGGUGACCGAUAUGCCACAGUCUCCAGCCACCAGACGUCUCUCAAGAUACUCUGAGUCCAUUGCUCGUCGUGGUUCUUUCCUUGAGAGCAUGCUCAAGGACGGUGCCUCUCUUGAGGAAGGUGCAGUUGAAACCGGAGCUGAGUUGGUGUCCAAGCCUCCCCGUGAACUGUCUCCACCAAAUGCCAUCACCUCCUAUGUCAGAGGAAACAACCCAUUUUUGCGUCGUUCCGUGUUGUCUGUGAACCAGUUCACUCGUUCGCACUUGCACUGCUUGUUUGCCGUUGCUCAGGAAAUGCGCCUUGGUGUUGAAAGAGAAGGUGUCUUGGAUAUUCUCAAGGGACGUGUGCUCACUACUGCCUUUUUCGAGCCAUCAACUCGUACCUCCUCGUCCUUCAAUGCGGCUAUGCAAAGAUUGGGUGGUCGUGUUGUCGCCAUUACCGAGCAGGGCUCUUCUGUUAAGAAGGGUGAGACUUUGCAAGACACCAUCCGCACAAUGGCUUGUUACUCCGACGCCAUUGUGAUCCGUCACCCAUCCGAAGAGAGUGCUGACACUGCUGCCAAGUACUCUCCAGUUCCAAUCAUCAACGGUGGAAACGGUGCUCGCGAGCACCCUACCCAGGCAUUCUUGGAUCUAUUCACCAUCCGUGAAGAGCUUGGAACAGUCAACGGAAUCACCGUUACCUUCAUGGGUGACUUGAAGUAUGGCCGUCCUGUUCACUCUCUUUGUCGUCUGCUGAGACACUAUCAGGUGCGCAUCCAACUGGUUGCCCCACCUGAGUUGCGUCUUCCAGAGCACCAUCGUCAAGAACUGAUCGAUGCUGGUAUGACUGUUGUGGAGAGCGAGGAGCUUACCAAGGAGCUUAUUGCCAGAUCCGAUGUUCUCUACUGCACUAGAGUUCAGCAGGAGAGAUUCUCGAACCCAGCCGACUACGAAAGACUCAAGGAUUCCUACAUUGUUGACAACAAGAUCCUGUCGUAUGCCAAGCAACACAUGUGUGUUAUGCAUCCUCUUCCAAGAGUCAACGAGAUCCGUGAAGAAGUUGACUUUGACCAGCGUGCUGCCUACUUCAGACAGAUGAGAUACGGUCUCUUUGUCAGAAUGGCUUUGCUUGCAAUGGUUAUCGGUGUUGACUUCUAG